AAAACCCGACCUCCGCCCUGCCCCCUGCCGAAGUCUCAUCUUCUCUCCAUCCACUUCUAUCUCAUCCUUCGCCCAAUCAUGGCUCCCAUCCCCCCUCCUCCCUCCUCGCUUCCCGGGAACCCCCUCCCCCCAGCCCCGGAGGCUGCCGCCAACGGCCUCAUGGUCAAGGCCCAGCGCUUCUUCGAGGAGAACCAGAAGGCGAUCCUGAUCGGCUGCGGUGUCGCUGUCGCCGCCGGCGCGGGCUACUACCUCUACUCGAACCAGGGCAAGGGUGCUGCUCCGGGUCCCUCGAGCUCGUCAUCAAGCUCUGCCUCGGCGCCGGCGCCUGCCGGUGAAAAGAGCUCCGGCUCGAGCUCCAAGAACAGAAAGAAGAAGAAGAGCAAAAAGUCGUCCAAGUUCCUCGACAACGACGGCGCCGACGGCCCGCUGCUCGAGGAGAUCAAGCCCAAAGAGAAGCCGGCUGAGAAGGUCGUUGAGGACCCGUUCGAGGGCGUUCCGGAUGCCGCUGGCAUUGAGGCGAUGAGCGAGGCGGAGCGCAACGCGCUCGGCAAGACGCUCAAGGACCGGGGCAACAAGCUCUACUCGAAGAAGGACUUUAAGAAGGCCGUAGAGUGCUACACCAAGGCCAUCGAGGUCUCGGUCCAGCCUGACGCCGUGUUUUACUCGAACCGCGCAGCAUGCUACGUCAACUACACGCCGCCUGAGUACGAGCUCUGUGUCAAGGACUGCGACGAGGCGCUCAACCUUGACCGCACCUACGUCAAGGCCCUCAAGCGGAGGGCAACGGCUCUCGAGCGUCUCGACCGCGACGAGGAGGCCGUCCGGGAUUUCACCGCGUGCACGAUCAUUGAGCGCUUCCAGGACGAGGCGGCGGCUGCGGCCGUCGAGAGAUGUCUGAAGAAGCUGGCGGCCCGUCGCGCCAAGGACAUCCUCGCGUCCCGUGAGACCAAGCUCCCCUCGCCCACUUUCAUCUCCUCCUACCUCGCUGCGUUCCGGUCGCACCCCAAGCCCAAGUUGCCCGAGAACCCCGAGCAGGGCGACAAGACGCUGGAUCUCGCGUUCGACGCGCUCGAGGCCGCUGACUACGCGCACACCGUGACGCUCGUCAACGAGGCGAUCGAGCAGGGCAUCAGCACCAAGACGGGCCAGGCUGAGGCGUACAACCUGCGCGGCACGUUCAAGUUCCUCAUCGGCGACAGCGCGGGCGCCAAGACUGACCUGGAGAAGUCGCUCGAGAUUGACCCCACCUUUGUGCAGGCGUGGGUCAAGAUUGCGAGCGUGCACAUGGAGCUCGGCGACGCGCUUUCUGCGUUCGCCGACUUCGAGACCGCGAUCCGCAACGACCCCAACGACGCCGACAUCUACUAUCACCGCGGCCAGGUGUUCUUCAUCAUGGGCGAGCACGACAAGGCGAUUGCCGAUUACAACAAGAGCAUCGAGCUCGACGACGCGUUCAUCUUCACGCACGUCCAGGCCGCUGUUGCGCAGUACAAGCAGGGCGAGGUGGCCAAGUCGAUGGCGGCCUUCCGCAAGAUCCUCCGCCAGUUCCCCGACCGCGGCGAGCCGUCCAACUACUACGGGGAGAUUCUGCUGGACCAGCAGAAGUACGCCGAGUCGGUGGAGCGGUUUGAGCGCUCGAUCGAGCUCGACAAGGACAAGAAGCCGCGCAAUGUGCUCCCGUACGUCAACAAGGCGCUCGCCCUCUUCCAGUGGAAGCAGGACAUUGGUGCCGCCGAAGCGCUGUGCAAGGAGGCGCUGGACAUCGACCCAGACUGCGACGUGGCGGUGGCAACGCUCGCCCAGCUCAGCCUGCAGCAGGGCAAGAUCGACGAGGCGAUCAAGUGGUUCGAGAAGAGCGGCAAGCUCGCGCGCACUGAGGGCGAGCUCGUCAACGCCAUCACGUACGAGCACGCGAGCCGCGCCCAGGCCGCCUUCCUCAAGAACUUCCCCGAGUACGCCGAGCGGCUCGGCCAGAUCGCACAGGGCAUGUAAGAGGCCGCAGGCGGUCGGGCGAGCGGCAUGGGCGCCGCGUCGCGCCCAGCGCGCACCACAUAGAGCGCGCCUCAUGCGCCGGAAGAACAUCCAUGUAGUUUCGUACCUCAUCUAGCGCAGACGCGAUUCGCAUAGUAGGUAGGACCUGAUGCCUAUGCAACCUCUCAAGAUUG